AUGGGGGACUGGGUAUAUACCGAUCUUCAAUCUUCAGUGGACAUCUACGGGCGGGUGCUAGAUUUUUUCGAUGCCGAUUUCGAUUCCGCUUCUUCCCACAAUCCCAUUGUUCGCCCAGCCUCUGGUUGCAACAAUCCAGGCUCUAAAUUCAUACUGAUGAAACUGUCAGUCUCCAGUUAUGGCUCCAUCCCGUCUUCGGCAUUGCUCCCGCGCAUCCCGCAAUACGAAAUGUUAACUAAACCGAUACUAAGUUAUAGCUCAACCAAACUUGCUCGGGAAGUAUCCAGAUGCCUUUACAGACGCCAUAGACGCCUCGCGUCGAAGCUCCGUCGUAGAACUUUCCAUCCGAAGUAUCCUUCGUGUCCUUCUAUGCGGGUUCCUGAUCAGACUUUUCCCCUUUGGGUUUCUGCUCUUGAAUUCAAAUUCAACUCGAAAUAUGUCGCUGCCUUGGUGGACUUGCAUCAGGGAUUACUGGUCCAUUGUAGACUAGUUGGCAGGACCAUGCAGGAAAAGCAAUGCGUCGCUAGUGAAACACCUAAAGAAUCCAAUAGUAUGCCGGGACUACCUGCAUCACAGCUCAUAGGGCUGUCAGAACAAAUGCUCGCCGCCAAGCCACUAUCUGUGAUGUCUGUGCUAUCUUGUCCACUCUCGAGUCCUGACUGGUGUACCUUUUGUAUACGGUCAGCUUUACUAGCGGGGCAAAUCAGCUGGCAGAACAGCAGCGACCGUGAAAUCCCACCAGAUCAUGCGAUGAAGGCAAGACAAGACAAGGCACAUCGGUACUCGGAUGCCGUAAGAGGCAAUUCUCACUCUUGCCUUUCCAGCAUAUCCUGGCGAUCCAUCUCAGAUCCCGUUCGAAAAUAUCCAGCCCGUGCAACUGCGCCAUCAGUUGUGGAUGAAGGAGGCAAGCCAAUCAGUCGCUGCCAUCCAGCAGUGACGGGUCUCUCUGUGCUGAAUGGUGAUACAUACGGGGCUCAGCUUGCCCUCGCACUUGCCCCUCUCCGCGCCGUGCCUGACGUCAACGCACAGCUCGUGGAGUGGUCGAAUCAUGGACCUGGACUCGCUUGUCCCGACUACUUGAUCGCUUCCAAGUUUAUCGUCCCUGGUCUAGACUUGCCCUUUCUCCAGUUUACUUACGGUGUACAGAGUAUAGUGUUACUGAUCUCGCACGACACGGAAGAUGACCGCUUCGAUCUGACUCAAUUACCACUACCAACGGCUGAUGUCCACAGCCCACAGCUACUGCUGCUGCAAUAUGACACAUCGCCAAUCCACAACGCGGGGCUUACGCUUACGCGGGUCUACUGUUGUUUCGGAGUUGCUGCACGAGGCAGACAGCCAGAUAGACAGACAAAUCGCGUCACGAUCAUCUAUCUAUCUACGGGAUGUUCGCAGCAACACUCGAUGCACGUCGCAGAGCAGACCAUGGUUCGUCCGUCCUGCACACUGCGCGUCCAUAACGAGCCUGAUAACAGCAAGUGGGGAGAAAAUUGUGAUGCUGAAGCGGAUGCACGAGGGUGUCUUGGACAGAUAGCCAUGCCUCGUUGCGGUGUGAUACUGCUUGCAUUUGCUUGA